GCCCGGCCGGCGAUUCAUUCAAAAGGCGCGCAGCCUGCGCGGCUGCCCGUGGGCUCGCGAGCCGGGCUGGGGCGCCGCUUCCAUCGGGAGCCGGGCUGCUGGAGCUGCCGCGGGGCGGCCAGGCUGGGGACCACUGGGGCCUGAGGAUGAAGCUGAGCCCGGUGCGCUGGCCACUGUCCUGCCUCCUGGUGCUGCUGCCCUGGCCUCUGGCCACUCCAACAUCAGUGACCCCUUGGCAGUGCCCGCCCGGGGAGGAGCCCAACCUGGACCUGGAGCAGGGCACACUAUGCAGGUCCUGCCCCCCGGGCACCUUCUCAGCCUUGUGGGGCUCUAGCCCAUGCCAGCCCCACUCCCACUGCAGCCCUCGAGGGAGGCUGGAGGCCCAGGCAGGCACGGCGACUCGAGACACACUAUGUGGAGACUGCCAGCCUGGGUGGUUUACCCCCUCAGAGGCACCCCACGGUCCCUGUCAGCCGUGCUCCUGGACACCCCUGGAUACUCGUGGCUGUUAUGAGCGGAGACGACGGGCCCGACGUGGCGUGGAGGUGGCAGCAGGGGCCAGCGGUGCUGGGGAGACACGGCAGCCUGGCAACGGCACGCGGGCGGGCGGCCCCGAGGAGACGGCUGCCCAGUAUGCGGUUAUUGCCAUCGUGCCUGUCUUCUGCCUCAUGGGGCUGCUGGGCAUCCUGGUGUGUAACCUGCUCAAGCGGAAGGGCUACCACUGCACAGCCCACAAGGAGGUCGGGCCUGGCCCUGGAGGUGGAGGCAGCGGGAUCAACCCCGCCUACCGGGCUGAGGACGCCAAUGAGGACACCAUUGGGGUCCUGGUGCGCCUGAUCACAGAGAAGAAAGAGAAUGCAGCGGCCCUGGAGGAACUACUGAAGGAGUACCACAGCAAACAGCUGGUGCAGACCAGCCACAGGCCUGUGCCCAGGCUGCCGCCGGGCCGCCCCAACAUGCCGCACAUCUGCCCGCAUGGCCACCAUCUCCACACCGUGCAGGGCCUAGCCUCACUCUCCGGCCCCUGCUGCUCCCGUUGUAGCCAGAAGAAGUGGCCUGAGGUGCUGCUGUCCCCUGAGGCCGCAGCAGCCACCACUCCCACUCCCAGACUCCUCCCCAACCCGGCCAGGACUCCCAAGGCCGGGGCCAAGGCAGGACGCCAGGGCGAGAUCACCAUCUUGUCUGUGGGCAGGUUCCGCGUGGCCCGAAUUCCUGAGCAGCGGACAAGUGCAGCAGCCUCUGAGGUGAAGACCAUCACGGAGGCCGGGCCCUCUGGGGGUGAUCUCCCCGACUCCCCACAACCUGGCCUCCCCACUGAGCAGCGAGCACUGCUGGGAAGUGGUGGAAGCCAUACAAAGUGGCUGAAGCCCCCAGCAGAGAACAAGGCCGAGGAGAGCCGCUAUGUGGUCCGGCUAAAUGAGAGCAACCUGGUCAUCUGAGGGGCUGUCUCAUCUGAGGACACUGCAGCCCUGCCCUGGGAGGUUCCGAAGGCUUCCUGGAGGAGGUAGAGCUGCAGCUGGGCCUGUUAGGAUCGAGACGCUAUGGCCCAGCAGACAAAACAGCAAAGGCCAAGGCCUGGAGGUGGGAGUGUCCGCCCCAGUGAGAAGGCAGGCCGGCCGGCGGGUGCUGUGUGCAGGAGCAGGUUGAGAGCCCCUCCCCUUUCCCUGCCACCCAGUUCCUUCCCUGCAGAACAUCCCUGCCCCUGUGCCCUGCCCGGUCAGAUCCUGCAAGCCCAUGGGAUUCUCUGUACCACCAGAAGGCUAACCUUGGCGGCAGGGAGGGGCCCUCUUCCUGGCCCCCCUGGCCCCUUGCCUUGGUAAUUAGCCCCUGCCUCUGUACAGGGCCCUAGAGCAGAUGUACCUCCCCCUCCUCUUCCGGCAGGUCCUGUACAGGGAAGGGGCAACAAAAAGCCCUGAGCUGGAAGGCUGAGUUCCUGGGUUCUAAUCCUGGGCAAGUACCUGGUCAUCACUGGGUCCCAAUUUUUCUGACUGUGAGGUGGGGAGAGAACAACAUCUCGGUGCCAGGGCUUCUCGAGCCCCUUGCAGCCUCUGGGCUGGGUCGUGUGCAGGCAGAGCUUGACUCCUUGCCACCACUCCCAUUAGUAGCUUUAUCUGGCCCAUUUUUGCUGUUUCCAGGGCCUCCACCUUCAAGGCCCCAAGAGGGCUGCCCAUCCAUGGCUGUCUACAGAAGGGGCUUAAUGCAUGUGCCUGCCCCCCACCCUGCUGUUUCUAUUAAAAUUGAAAAAACAGACUUGACGUGGGCAGGGCUGUGGCACAGAGCCCCAGCCUGCCUAGCCACCCCCAAGAUCUCAGGCACUUUGGGGGAAAGGGGUGUGUGAUGGGGCUGGAGAGGCACCUCUGGCCUUGGUAGUUUUCAUGUCCCUGUGGUGUUGGUGCGUCUGUCUCCCAGUCUGGGCAGUGCAGGCGACUGCCCAGCCCAGCCCAGCCCGUCUCCAUUCACUCAGCAACCUGGUUAUUUAUGUGGGGCCGUGCAGGCACGGGCCCCACUCCUGUCCCCAUUUCUCUUAUUUAUUGAAACUUUGCUGUUGUCCUAUUCUUGUGUCUCCAUCCCCAUCCAUUGGUUGAAUAAUAAAACGUGGGAAAGUGGUGUCA